GGCUACUCUGAUGUCCUGUUGCUGUCCGUCAGUGUAUUUCGAUCCAAGAAGAAGUUAAAAAUGACGUAUUUGAGCCUUCUGACUCUUGUGGUCCUCCUAAUCAUCGCCAACACGAUGGAAACAGGGGUCAAAUUGGGUAUGCUGAGAACAAGGGAGUUCGAUGUUACUGAUUGUAUCUACCCUGGAAUUUGCCGUGCCAUGACAAAGGAUGAGACAGAGUACUUUCGUUACAACCGACAACAAACGUUCUUCUCAAAUCUUAGUGUGCCAGUGGAAUAUAAUAGAACAACAUUGCAUGAUCAUUCCGUCGUGCCAAACAUAGUACACAUCACGUGGUACGGAGGUCCAAAGAGGAACACAUUUUUAUUCCACCAUUUUGUGUCCUUGCUAGCCAUCCAUAAAUUUCUGAAGCCCAAGGUCAUACUCUUCUGGUUUGAUCUGUUACCGGAGGGGGUUUACUGGGACCAAGCUACGGAUGGCUUCCCGGAGAUAGUGUUGGUGUACAGAGCCCCUCCCACCACCAUCCUAGGACAGGAAGUACACGUCCCAGAGCACCAGUCAGAUGUCAUCAGGAUCGAGGCGGUGAUGGAGUUUGGUGGCAUCUACAUGGAUCUUGACGCCCUUGUUGUUCAGCCUUUCUCAGCCCUAUAUCAGUACGAAGUGACGAUGGGGUACGAGACACCGGACGGCCUCUGUAACGGCAUAAUUGUAGCGAGGCCGUGGGCAGAUUUCCUUAAGAUCUGGUACGAGGAGUACAAAACACUAGAUGACAGUGUCUGGGGCUAUCAUUCUGCUACCCGCAAUACUGGCCCAGAAGUACCCAAACCUCAUAAACACAGAACUCCGGUCCUUGAAUCACCCAAAUCCGGGAGAAAGUUUUGGACUUCUUUACGGAAAAGAGUCGUUUGAUUGGCAAGUUUCAAACUAUGCUAUCCAUACUUGGAUUCGAACCCAGUUAAUUUCAAAGAAACUGAAUGCAUGGUCGAUCAGAACCUGGGACUGUGUGGCUGGUGAGAUAUUUAGAUACAUCUACUAUGGGAAUAAAACGCUUAUACAACCCCUUGGUAGAAUAUAGGAUACUUCAAGAACAGGGAUAAAACUUGUAUACAACCACUUGGUGGAUGAAGCGGUAUCUGCUAUGGAAAUAAAACAGUUAUACAACCAAAUGGUGGAUGAUACGGUAUGUAAAAUUCGUAUACAAUCACGUGGAAGAUGACAAUUUGUUAAACAUUCAGGUAGUCUACCUUCCAGAUAAGGCUCUUUUACCAAAGAUAUCUUGAGGUGUACAUUUGUCUAGCCCAACAUGGUAUUGACAAAAUGUGUCAUUACAGUCCGAGUCCCUAAACACCUACUUGCCUUUUCCUCUGAACAUUUCAUGUUUUGCUUUAUUUCACACUGUAACAUGUCAACCCCUGUCUUGCUUCUGCCCUUGAACAUAUCUGUUUUGCCUUGUCUUUCCUCAUGUACCUGUGACAUUUUGCCGUAACUCCACCCCUAAACAUGUCAUAUAUUCCCUUGACUCUACCCUUGAUUUGUCAUGUUUUGCAGCGCCGUUUAACCAUACACCACCUUACCUUCUCUUCUGAAUAUUUCAUGUUUUGUCCUGCCUCACCCCUAAAUAUAUCAUACACCACCUUGUCUCUUCCCCUGAACAUUUCAUGUUUUGUUCUGCCUCACCCCUAAACAUGAUAUACACCACCUUGCCUCUUCCCCUGAACAUUUCAUGUUUUGUUCUGCCUCACCCCUAAACAUGAUAUACACCACCUUGCAUCUUCUCCUGAACAUUUCAUGUUUUGUUCUUCCUCACCCCUAAACAUGAUAUACACCACCUUGCAUCUUCCCCUGAACAUUUCAUGUUUUGUUCUGCCUCACCCCUAAAUAUGAUAUACACCACCUUGCCUCUUCUCCUGAACAUUUCAUGUUUUGUCCUGCCUCACCCCUAAACAUGAUAUACACCACCUUGCCUCUUCUCCUGAACAUUUCAUGUUUUCUUCUGCCUCACCCCUAAACAUGAUAUACACCACCUUGCAUCUUCCCCUGAACAUUUCAUGUUUUGUCCUGCCUCACCCCUAAACAUGAUAUACACCACCUUGCAUCUUCCCCUGAACAUUUCAUGUUUUGUUCUGCCUCACCCCUAAACAUGAUAUACACCACCUUGCCUCUUCCCCUGAACAUUUCAUGUUUUGUUCUGCCUCACCCCUAAA